UUUUUAGAUAAUUUGUGGUGCAUAUCUUUACACACCGAGAAUUCUUUUUUUAUUAUUUUGGUUUUCUUCCUUCUCUACUUUCGCAAUGCCAACACCAUUCCUUCCAACGCGUGCAUUCCAAGCUUACCAAAUAUUUGCAGCCAACACCAACGUUGGUAAAACAAUUUUUGCAACAGGUUUAUGUCGGGCAGCAGCUAUUGUAGCUAAAGAGUCCAACCGAGACGUCUUUUACGUAAAACCUGUUCAAACAGGAUAUCCAGUGGAUAGUGAUGAAAGACAUGUCAAGAACUAUCAAUCUUCGGAAAUGUUGAGAUCGACUACCUUAUACACUUAUCCUGACCCAGUGAGCCCACACAUCGCAACUGACAGUGUAAGAUUAAAAAUAAUCGAGAGAGAAAUUAAAUUUCCUCUGACUGUGAUUUUAUUUUUUUUAGCCUCCGCAUGAUGUUGAGGUCUU